GUAUGGAGGAGAGAAGAGUGCAGGGUGAAGGGAGGUGGUGGUGGUGAAAGCCCCCUGAGGACGAUUGUGUGGCUGCCGUCGAAACCGGUUUUGGGGUAGGGGUAGCCAUACCCACCGGAGCUCGGUCGGAAUUGCUUAGUGAUUGCUUUUUGAGGUGUACGAUGUUCUUCCUGAGUGAUUACCACCUCCUUGUCACUGCACUUACAUCUCUCCCUACGUAUCCACCAGCCACCUAAGUGAAGCAAAGAAGAAAAGAAAGAAAGAAAGAAAGAGAAAGGAAGAGGAGAAGAAACUGAAGCGAAGAUCGUUUGUCGCCGUUCAGCUCCGGGUUGUCGUUUGUCGCCGUUAAGCUCGCGGGUAUUCGGCGCGAAGUUGGAUCUGUCUGUCGGUCGGAGAGAGAGAGAGAGAGAGAUUGCGAGAUCGCAGAGGUGGGGGGGGGAUCAGGGGAGGGGACGACGAUUGUGCGCGAUAACGAGAGCAGCGGCGGCGGCGGCGGAAAUGGCGCUUAGUUGUACAAGAAGUGUGAACGUGAUCUCGUCAUGCGUUGGGCAGGCGGCGGAGUCUCAGCGGUUGGGAUCUGAGUUGCAGGCUUCGUCGAGCGUCGAUGCCACCGUGCUUGAUUGGAGGAGACGAGGGAUAUGGUCGUGCGGCUGCGGGUUCCGGAGCGUGCGCGGCGGCGGCGGCGGCGGACGCAGGGCGAUGGCGAGGUGGGCGCGAGCGGAAGCGGCGGAAGUCGGCGGAAGUGCGCGGGGAAGCGGCGCGGAGUGUCGGAGGACACCUAUGGCCGAGCGAGUGCAUCGCAUUCGAGAAGCGGCGAUGAGAGGUGCGACGGCGAUAGAUCGAAAGCCGAGGCAGGAGGAGAGGAGGGGGGGGGAGGAGGAGGAGGAGGAGAACGUAGAGGAGGAAGAGGUGGGCAUGGAGCACGAUUUCAUGAGGGAGGAAUGUGGGGUAGUUGGAGUCCACGGCAGCUCAGAGGCGUCUCGGCUGUGUUAUCUCAGCCUGCACGCCCUGCAGCACAGAGGUCAGGAGGGCGCCGGGAUCGCGACGUACGACGACCAGACCGGAUCGCUCCGCACUGUCACUGGCAUGGGGUUAGUAGCUGACGUGUUCAAUGCGGAGAAGCUGAAGCAGCUUCCAGGCACGUGUGCCAUCGGGCAUGUUCGGUAUGCCACGUCAGGCGCCUCAUCGCUGAAGAAUGUGCAGCCUUUUGUGGCAGGGUACAGAUUUGGAUCUGUGGGACUUGCGCAUAACGGGAACCUUGUCAAUUAUUGGCAACUGAGGGAGAUGCUGGAGGAGGAAGGGUCCAUUUUCAAUACAUCAUCUGACACAGAAGUCAUCCUUCAUCUGAUUGCCAAAUCGAAGCAAAGGCCUUUUAUCUCGCGAUUAGUAGAAGCCUGUGAGCAAUUAGAGGGUGCUUAUUCACUAGUGUUCAUCACCGAGGGAAAGCUUGUAGCUGUACGUGACCCUUAUGGGUUUAGGCCUUUGGUGAUGGGCCGUCGCAAGGAUGAUGGAACCAUCGUCUUUGCGUCGGAGACGUGUGCCUUGGACCUAAUCGAAGUCGCAUACGAGAGGGAGGUCAAUCCAGGAGAGGUAGUGGUGGUGGAUACCGAUGGCAGCAUUUCCAGCAUCUGUCUUCUUCCCAAACGGAAGCAACAAGCUUGUGUCUUUGAGCACAUAUACUUUGCACUUCCAAACUCCGACGUCUUUGGCCGCUCUGUUUACCAAUCACGAUUCAAGUUUGGUGAGAUACUAGCGGAGGUGGCGCCUGUGGAGUGCGAUGUGGUCAUCGCCGUGCCCGAUUCUGGAGUCGUCUGUGCGCUGGGGUACGCUGCCAAGGCCGGCGUCCCGUUCCAGCAAGGGCUGAUUCGAUCCCAUUACGUUGGGCGAACGUUCAUCGAACCUAGUCAGAAGAUCCGCGACUUCGGAGUCAAGCUCAAGCUUGCCCCCGUGCGGGCCGUCCUCAACGGCAAGCGGGUGGUGGUCGUCGACGACUCCAUCGUCAGAGGCACGACGUCGUCGAAGAUCGUUCGGCUUUUGAAAGAAGCCGGUGCCAAGGAGGUGCACAUGAGGAUCUCCAGCCCGCCCAUCACUGGCUCCUGCUAUUACGGUGUCGACACGCCCAGUAGGGAGGAGUUGAUAUCGGCAACCCUAAGCGAGGAAGAGACGCGCAAGUUCAUUGGGGCGGAUUCGCUGGUGUACCUGCCUCUGAACAAGCUGCAUGAGAUGCUGGGGGAGGAGGCGCCUUUCUAUUGCGACGCAUGUUUCUCGGGAAACUAUGCUGUCCAUCCAUCGCCUGUUUACCAGGCGUCCUUGCCAGUAGAUAGGCUCUCCGGUCUGCCUGUUGCUGCUUUAGAUGGCUGCAUUGGCCGGCCUCACCCCGAGGCGGAAGCGGGGCAACCUGUCCCUGCCUGACAAUCCAUCAAAGCAUGCACGACGUACACGUACACACACGCUGAUUGAUUGAUUCCAAGAAGGUUUGGUGGGGUGGGGGGGGGAGGAGGCCCCCUUUUUAUUACGACGCGCAUGUUUCUCCUGCAAUUAUGCUGCUGUCCAUCCAUCCAUCGCCUGUUUGCCAGCCGUCCUUGCCAGUAGAUAGGCUCUCCCGUCUGCCUGCCUGCUGCUGCUGCUUUGGAUGGGCGUCUUGCCUGGCCUCAACCCGACGCGGAAGCCGGACAUCAACCUGUCCCUCCCUGCCUGUCAAGCAACGGUCCAAUCUAUCAACAAAGAAUGCACGACGUACACGUUAAGCUGAUUGAUUCCAAGAAGGUUUUAUGGGAAGGUGGGAGGAGGCCCCCUUUCUAUUGCGACACGUGUUUCUCUGGAAAUUAUGCUGUCCAUCCACCACCACCUGUUUACCAAUCCAUUCGCCGGAAAUUAUGCUGUCCAAUCCAUCAGGACGUACACGCACGCUGAUUGAUUCCAAGAAGGUUGGGUGGGAAGGUGGGAGGAGGCCGCUUUCUAGUGUGGGCAAACUCUCUCUCGGGUCUCCGUGCUGCUGCUGCUGCUUUUGAUGGCCGUCUUGCCUGGCCUCACCCCGAAGCGGAAGCCGGAGAACAACCUGUCCCUCCCUGCCUGACAAGCAACCGUCCAAUCCAUCAACAAAAAACGCACGACGUACACGGAAUGAAAGCUGAUUGAUUCCAAGGCGGGGAUGUGAUUUUCCAUGGAAUGAAUGCCAUCAGCAAGUUGUGGAAAUGUCCAAGAACGAACUUAAGUUGGAAGAUUCCACUGAAUGAAUGAAUGAAUGAAUGAAUGAAUGAAUGGUGGCAGCAUCUGCGGCAAUGUUAGAACGAACUUAAGUUGGAAGAUUCCACUGAAUGAAUGAAUGAAUGAAUGAAUGGUGGCAGCAUCUGCGGCAAUGUUCAGAUCUGGAAGUUGGAUGUUCUGUAUUAGAUGUAAUUAAUCACAGCCUUCGUUCUUGACGGAUGUCGUGGGGGUGGGGAACGGUGGCGCUGUGUGGGUGAUUAAUUACUUACGACGACUCCAUGGCUGAUUCAACACGUUGGUUGAUGGGACCGUUGAUGAAGCGCUCGAAUCGAAUGGUUGGUUUAGGGUUUGUUAAACUUUGUUGUUGAUGGUGUCAACAAUUCAUUGGUCCGUUGGCGGUAUGAAUGAGAGGGAGGGGAUCUGUUAGUGUUUUCCGAUGCCUAUGAUGGAUGAAUGGUAAGCUCGUUGACGCCUGCAUUAUAUUAUAAUGUAGCUAAAAUCCUUAGCUACGACGUGGGGGAAAGACGGACAAGGAGUUGUGCCACGCGGGACACAGGCAGAGAAGAAGAUUGUGCCGGUAGGGAGUUGUCCCACGUGGCACAGAAGAAGGUAGGGAGUUGUGCCACGUGGCACAGAAGAAGGUAGGGAGUUGUGCCACGUGGCACAGAAGAAGGUAGGGAGUUGUGCCACGUGGCACACAGGCAGGUAGGGAGUUGUGCCACUUGGCAUACAGGUAGGUAGGGAGUUGUGCCACGUGGCAUACAGGCAGGUAGGGAGUUUUGCCACGUGGCACACAGGCAGUUGAAGGAGUUUAGCCAGAUUGCCAGGUGGGGAGCGAAGGAGUGAAGUUGCGUGUGCACUGGUUGAUAAAGAUCGGUGCUACAUUUGUAGUGAUUAGCAUUUGUCGCCAUGUUAGGCAGAGGUUCUGGAGACACUUAGCGUGCACAGAGGAGAAAAAGGUUUCUCUCUCCCUCUCUCUCUCUCUCUCUCUCUCUCUCUCUCUCUCUCUCUCUCUCUCUCUCUCUCUCUCUCUCUCUCUCUCUCUCUCUNUCUCUCUCUCUCUCUCUCUCUCUCUCUCUCUCUCUCUCUCUCUCUCUCUCUCUCUCUCUCUCUCUCUCUCUCUGUGUCUCUCUCCCUCUCUCUCUCUGAGAGACUUAGCGUGCACAGAGGACGAGAGUAUGGGAUUCUAAUCAGAUGGCAUGGCCGGAUUGGUGCUAGUGAUGAGCAUUUGUCUCCUUGUUACUAGGCAGAGGUUUCGCAGAGACUUAUCGUGCACAGAGGAUACAAGUAUGGGAUUGUAUUCAUAUGUCAUGUGAGAGUAGAGGAGCGUGUAUGGAUCGGCUGUUCGGACAGGAAGACUUUUUCCCGCUUUUGUACCAAUACCACGUAGCUGUCUUCAAGCCGACUGUAGUUUUUUUUUUUUUUUUUUUCCGGGGGGGUGCGGAGUUGAGUAGGGGGAAUCAAUGCAUAAACCCUUUAACAAAACAAGCAACAACUU